CUAUCCCCCAACACUCACCGCAUGCACUCAGCAAACAGAACGAUAAACUUGGAACAAAGCGAGUUUCUGUGCACCAAACGUGAAUUCUGCUGAAACUUCUGGCGUCUCCUCUUUUCCAGCCCUUCUGAGAUACGUACUCAACCUCACUCAACCUCAAGGCGAUCAAAAAUCACUCUCGACAAACUGUGUAUAUUUGUUGCCCGGAAAUUUCGUAUGCUCUCCGUCUGCCCGAUCGCCUCCCAUUACUCGGGGGCCCCUCCCUCCUGUAACAGUUCGUCGACACGCAUUCGCGUGGGGUCCCAUCGAACGGAUGGAGGAGCUGACUUGAUGUUUGAGCACAGCCGCCGGCGUGCCAUUCCUGCGAGUGAAGAUCUCCAGUCGGCGAAUGUGUCGUCUCCGAGCAAGUGAGAGAUCUCCGCCACUGCUGCAUCAUCACAACCAUGGAAUCGUCGAGCUCAUGUGACCAUAAUACUCUCCCACAGGUGUGAAGAGAGAGCACAGGGCCACACAGCACAUUCUGACUGACUCUCCUCUUUGGUUGUUUUUUCCUCAGGCCACUGCCGCCCCACCGCCGCCCUUCUCUAUCCUCGACGCCUUUGUUGAGCAGGAGGGUCUCGGGCCUUAUGAGGUGCAGGCUCUGUCUGACCGCAUCCGCCGGCUGCUGGGGAGAGAGGGCUGUGCCGAGCUCUUCGGUGCCACUCGCAUUCUCGCACUCAGCGACGCCAUCGCCGAGAGCAUCGGACGGCACAUCGACCAGCUGCUGCGCGACAACCAGGUCGACAGAGUGCUCAGCUACCCCCAGCAGCAGCGGCAGCAGCCCGACGGGGAUUUCUGGUGCGCCUGUGGUGGGUGCUGGUCAAUGGCGGGCAGUGGGCGGCGAACGAGCCAAUCCUGCGCCUGGCCAGGAGCAGUGGCUGUCUGGCGUCGCUUCCACUCAUCAUCACAGCAGCCGACGUGCAGCAGGCGACGGCCGACAAGACCGUCUUCCUCAACCGCCCAGAGGCCAUCUGCCAAUACAGCCUUUACGCCCACCAACUGGGCCAGAACACGCAGCUGACGCGCACGGCCAACUGGCGGGACGAGCUGGGCUGGUGGGUGGUGAGGGUGCACAGCGAUCAGGAGACGGAGGAGCAAACGGUGCCGGCCGAGUAUGCGGAGCAAUUCGAUGCCGCCGAUCCCCCGUGCCGACGUGAGAGAGGAAGGUUAAAACAGUGAAUGGGGAACUUGGCAUGGAUCGAUGGUGUUUGCCGAUCGAUGGUGUUUGCCGUUGUGUGUUUGUGUGUCUGCAGACUUCCGCGACGUGAUUAUCCAGGAGUAUUCAGCGACUCAAAUGAGAGAAGGAACACAACAGCGAUGUGUCGUGUGCGCUGCCUUCCUGCUCUUUCAGGUUGACAUGGUCGUCGCGUUGUGCGUCGCUUCAGUUCUGGCAUCCGCCCUCUGGUCAGUCUUUCCACAUUUAUGAGCUGAUCGACCAGCAGCCGCCCCUGUGGGGCUGCCGCACCAUCGUCGACUACACCAGCGACCACAGCAGAUUCGGCAACUUACCCCGCCGACUCGUCAUUCUGUGUGGCGACGAGGAGGGCGAUGACUUUGCGGCCUUCAUCAGGAUGUUCAAGCACCCUGAUGGGCUGACAUCCAUCGAGCUCCUCACGACAGAGGUGCCCCAGCGGGGCGUCAGUGGUCCGGGUGCCCUCUCCCAGACACUGGCUUUGGGUCUGCUCAAUUGGGUCUGCUGGUGCGAACGCGACACAUGAGGGGGCCGGGAAGCCUUGGAGUCUGCUGUGGGUGCAUGUCUGCCCUCUUCUCCCUGUUCUUUGUCCUUUGUGUGUGUCAGGCAUCACACCAGCAGCAUCGGCGAGUGGGUGAGGGCUGGCGUAAUCGACAGGAAUGAGGGUAUGUAGCUGCUGGCUGACUGAGCGGCGUGGUGGUUAAGUGACUUUGGUAGCCCGGUGUACAUAAUAUGGAUCAGAUCAACGGAUGGUGCGUGAUUGCCAGCUGUUUUUGAGUGUUCGUACGAUAGACCCACCCCCUGUGUGCCCACGUGUCUGUCGUGUGUAAAUGGAUGUGAUGUGUGGCUCCCUCCGCUUCGUCCGUCGCCACAAGUGCAAUGCACACCUGUCAGUCAAUUAACUCACUCC